AUGACCGAUUCGUAUCGUCCGCCGUACAAUUCCAACCGACAAUGGACACCAGCGUCUGCACCUUCUGAGGCUGCGCUCAACUACGACGACGCGGAUGUGAACCGUAUUCCGAUCAAUCCCCGCCGUUCCAACGCCGCAGUUCCAGCUCAAUCAUCACGGCUAUGGGACGAAGACCUGAACUCCCUCAUGCACCGCACUAUCCGCGCCUACGAUCUCGUUGUGAACUACGUCCGCGAUUCUCACGGCGGUACCCGCUGGUCACGCGAGGACAUUGAUCGCAUUCGAGACGUCGGCGCCUAUCUUCAUGGCGACGUCCGCGAUUUGAAGCACUGGAGUGAAGUGGUAGCAAAGGAGGGAGAACAAGAUGCCUACACUAUGGACAAGAUCCGCGAUGACGUCGAAAACUUGCGGAAGUACUGUGAGCAGAUUCAAGCCAUCAUCAGGGAUACCGAACGUGUUCCUCUGCGCCAACGUAUGACACGAGACGAUGGAGUGCAGGCUGGUCAGUAUGUGGAUGAUGGUCAUGGUUUUGGUGGUGGUAAGAGCAUCUUCCCUGGAGAUACCAACCAGCUCGUCGAGAGCACUCAAGAAGGCGAGGAUAUGGACGUCGAGAUGAUUACCGACCUGGAGGAGAAGCCUGAAGUCGUCGAUCCGACACUUAAUCCACGGCAGGCAGUCUGGGCAACCACACCUUCAACGCGAUUUGCUUGGUGA